AGUUAAAAUACUAACAAUGUUUCUGCGACUUCUCGUCCUCAUCCUCCUUGCUUUGCUGCAGUUCGAUGCAAGGCCACAAUUUGGUCCUGGAUAUGGACCCGGCAUGUACGGACCUAUGGGCCCCAGACCCAUGGGACCAUAUGGGCCGAGACCUAUGGGACCCAUGGGUCCGAUGGGUCAUCAUAUGAGACCACCAAUGAUGGGUCCGAUGGGAAUGAUGCGGCCAUACAACCCCGUGCGAGGAGCGAUCAAAGGUGUUGUUGUUGGAUCAAUGGUUGGAGCCCUGGCUGGAGGUCAAUAA